ACAUCGGACCGCCUGAAUAAAAAUUAACUGACUCACUGAAGUCUAACGUCUUUGAUCAAUUCAUCCGGAACUCAGGAGUAUGGCUGCGAAUGUGAAAAGGUUUUAUGAUCUGACAGCUAAACUGCUGUCUGGAGAAGUCUUCAGCUUCGCUGCACUGAAGGGGAAAGUUGUUCUCAUUGAGAAUGUGGCGUCUCUUUGAGGAACAACAACCAGGGAUUACACUCAGAUGAACGACCUCCACUCUCGUUAUUCCGAUAAGGGACUCGUUAUUCUGGGUGUACCCUGCAAUCAGUUUGGUCAUCAGGAGAACUGCAAGAAUGAUGAAAUCCUAAGAUCUCUGAAGUAUGUCCGUCCAGGGAAUGGUUUUGAACCAAAGUUCCAGCUCCUUGAGAAGGUGGAUGUGAAUGGAAAGGAUGCACACCCCUUGUUUGUCUAUUUGAAGGAAAAGCUGCCAUUUCCCAGUGAUGAUACCAUGGCUCUCAUAACUGAUCCAAAGUGCAUCAUUUGGAGUCCAGUGUGUAGGAACGAUGUCUCCUGGAACUUUGAGAAGUUCCUGGUUAGUCCUGAUGGAGAGCCCUACAAGCGCUACAGCAGAAGUUUCCUCACCAAAGAUAUUGAGGCAGAUAUUCAAGAGCUACUCAAGAGAGUCAAGUAAAGUGUGCUAUGACACACCCUGGGUGGCUGUAAAGAAUAUCAGUUAUGUACAGCCUGGCUAAAAAGAGUAAUCAGUGACACACAUCUGUUUUGGGUUUUAUCGAGUUUUACACUUUGACAGUUUAAAUUAGCUAGAGCACUACUAAGUAGGCGUUGUGAUAUUGAAGUACACUAUAGUUGUUCAGCCUGUUUACUGAAUGAAGACAUUCCUUAAAACCUUUUUGUGAGGGGAGUUUCUGAUGAACAUGUAAAAGACUUACUCAGCCACUGUGUAUGACUCAUAUCACAACAGAAGAAUUAAACAUUUCAUGUCAAAGAAAGUGCAGUGAUUUCUGUUCAAUGCAUACAAAUACAUCCCUUAAAACAGUC